UAUAAUUCUAAACCUGUUUAAAUGCCAAGCUCGUGUACUGAUGUGACGUCUCUUUACUGCGCCGGAAGUUAGUUUGUUUACUAACAAUGGCGCGUGAGCUGUCACUGAUAUCCAGCGUUGACUCGGCGAGUAUGUUGUUGCUUUUCCACACGUUUUCAAAGCAGUUAAUGUUGUGUAACGGAUUGCUGAUGUCACACCGGCGUGUUGCGGAUAUAAAAAGGUCGCUGGAUGAGAAGGUUGAGAGGAGCAGGAGGGGAUAUGAAGCGUCCCGGCGCAGAUCUCGGAGACGCCAUGUGAGGCUCAGAGCCUUGGUGUUGUGUACAAGACUCCUCCAUGUGCACGGGCAUGUGGAGAGACGAGUGUGGAGCAGAGAGAGACCCAAUGGAGAAGCGUUCUGGUCUAAUGUCCUGGCUAACUUUGAUGAUGAGCAGUGGGUGGAUCACUUCCGUAUGUCUCGGAGGACAUUUGAGCUCCUCCUAGAACUUGUGGAGGUGAAACUGAGACGCAAAUCCACCCGCUGGAGGAAAGCGCUGGAGCCCCGGCGCAGGCUGGCCAUCGUGUUGUGGUGGUACGCGACCCCGAGUGAAUACAGGACUAUCAGCUGUCUCUUCGGUGUCGGACUGUCCACUGUGUGCACGUUAGUGCGCCAGGUCACGUCUGCCCUGAACACUCUGACUCUCACACACUUUAUCUCUCUGCCACAAGGGGAGAUUCUUCAAAACACGCUCAGGGGGUUUGCAGGACGCGGUUAUCCCAUGUGUGCUGGUGCGAUCAGUGUGACCCACAUCCCCAUCAGCUCCCCGAGACAAAACCCAGCUGCUUACUUCAACAACAAAAAGUGGCACUCCAUUAUAUUGCAAGCAGUCGUGGACCACAACAUGUGUUUCUCAGACAUAUACGUUGGCUAUCCUGGUCGCACACACAAUGCAAGAGUGUUGGCUACUUCACCACUGUACAAGAAGGCAGAAGAACAAGAUGGAUACCUGUUCCCUCGUGAGGACGCCUUGACCGUGAAUGGAGUGGAGAUUCCUGUUCAUCUCAUCGGUGAUGCAGCGUAUCCGUUAAAGAAGUGGCUGAUGAAGGGCUACACAGAUGAACACUCUCUUACUCCUGAACAGCGCCACUUCAACAGCCAGUUAAACUCGGCUCACAUGGUGGCGGAAAAUGCCAUGGGGCGUCUUAAAGGUCGUUGGAGGUGCCUGCUCAAGCGCAACGACGUUGAUGUCGCGUUUAUGCCCGAGAUUGUUACCGCUUGCUGCAUCCUACACAAUGUGUGCGAGCUGAACACGGAGGAAUUCCUGCCUGAGUGGACUGCAGGUGCUGAUGAAGUCUUACAACAGCCUGAUACGGAUAUUUAUAGAGACACAGUGAUGGACAGCAUUCGAGCUAUUCGUGACACAAUGGUGACAAUUGUUUGAGAGCAGGAGCUAGUUGUGAGUGAAACAGAACAGUGAAUCUUGCUCUAAAUUUGCACAGGGAGCUGAUUUUUGUUGCCUCUGGUCUAGUUCAUCUAAUCAAGAGUCUUCAUCUGAACUGUCAGGAGAAAGGCAAAGACAAAAUCUCUGAAAUGUAGAAGCAAAUCAAUAAAAAGUUUCCAAUCCAGCACUUGUAACAAUUGUUAAAUGUCUCUCCUUGCUCAGCCCCUAGACACCUUAUCAGCAGAACAACUUCAAGGUCGCACAGCUGCAUAAACCCUGGGAAGAUCUCAAAAUCAUGACUGUGGCUAAAAUAAACGGAAAAAAGUCUUCAAGACACUAACACGCACAUCCCUAAAACUCCCCUCUGCCAACUACAGCACUGACUAUGAAAUCCUGAUAGCCAGAUUGAUUCAGUUCCCACACAAACACAGAGCUUCCCAAAGAUACCAUCUCCAAUCUUACAGAAGAAACACAAAUGUUUUUUUAGGCUGUUCAAAACACGCCAGUAAAAAGAAAAUCCAAGGA